AUGAGCGGGGGAGGGGUGGGCGACGAGCUGCGCGCGGCUGUGCACGAUACGCGAGAACGAUGCCUGCUGCAGUCGUCGAAGUGGGCCGCUGAGCAGCUCGUGGCACUGCCGCCGGCCCACGGGCACGGCAAGGCACGUGGCGCUGCGGACCUGGACCUGGACGACGCGGUGCUGCUCGGCAGAUCGCUCGUGGAGUGUCGCGAGUACCUGCGCGCAGCAAACAUUCUCAAGAGCGCGAGGGGGCCCGUCGGCCGCUUUCUGUACCAUUGGGCGCGGUACCUGGCGGGCGAGAAGCGGCGCAAAGAGGAGCAAGUCGAGCGCACUGGCCCGCUCGGUCGCGUGUCUACUUCCAACAGGCACCUGUCCGCGAUAGAGGCGGAUAUCUGCAGCGAGCUUGGGCUCAGUCCGGGCCAGCUGGUGUCCCUCCCGAGCAGCAGCCAGCAGGGCCCCAGCACGGACCCGUUCCUGCUGUACAUGUUCGGGCUCGUCCUCACCGACCUCGGCAAGCUGGACGACGCGCUCGUCGUGCUCCUGCGCUCGGUCUCGCUGUAUCCCUGCCACUGGGGCGCGUGGCUGGCAAUCAAGGAGGUCGCGAAGCAACGCAGCAUGUCGGUGGAACAGGUUCGGAACUUGCACGGGGUGCCGCAACACUGGAUGUGCGACGCGUUCCUGGCGUCCAUGGCCAUCGACGCGCAGGAGAACGAGAAGGCGAUCCUGCACGCGCGCAAGGUUCGCCAGAUCGUUCCGGCUUCGCCCGCCGCGGAGCUGGUGAUGGCGACCGCCCAGUACCAGCUGCGGCAAUAUGAGGAGGCACAGCAGGGGUUCGAGGAACUCAUUAGCCGGGACCCGUACCGUGUCGAAGGCCUCGACUGCUUCAGCAACAUCCUGUACACUCUCGAGCUGCUCCCCGAGCUGUCGUCCCUGGCGCAGCGGCUUGUCAUGACGGACAAGUACAGACCAGAGACGCAGUGCGUCAUCGGCAACUACUACUCCCUGCGGAACGAGCACGGUCGCGCGGUGGAGUACUACCGGCGGGCAAUUCGUCUGAACCCGCAAUACAUCAGCGCCUGGACUCUCAUGGGCCACGAACUCCUCGAGCUCAAAAACGCACCAGCCGCGAUCGAGGCGUACCGUCGCGCCGUGGACAUCGACGCCAGAGACUUCCGAGCAUGGUAUGGCCUGGGCAUGGUGUACGAGCUCAUGUUCCAGCAGUACUACGCGCUGUACUACUUCAAGAAGGCAGUCGAACUCAGACCGCACGACCCGCGCAUGUGGUGCGCCGUCGGGCAGUCGUACGAGUCCGACCAGAUGAAGAUGUACGACUCGGCCAUCAGGUGCUACCGGCGUGCUGUGGACCUCGACGAUCCAGACGGUGUUGCCUUACAGAAGCUCGCGAAGCUGCACGACCGGCUCGGCGACUCGCAACAGGCUGCCUAUUUCUACGAAGCCAAUCUCCGGCGUCUCGAUGGCGAGGAAGUCACAACUGAGCACACGUCCGAGGCCUUGCUGUUCCUUGCAAGGCACAACCUGAACGAAGGGGACUGCGAGCGCGCACAGGAAUACGCGUCUCGUCUUCUGGACACUGGUGGACGGGAGCGCGAGCUGGCGAAAUCUCUGCUUCGCGAGAUACGGUCUAUCUUGGAAGCGAAAGGGAGGCAGCCCUCGAUGCCUGUUGGUGCACUUGGUGGGGAAGCAUCGGACAUGGAGCACGACGACUCCGACAGCUCCGGUGGGUCCUUGGUGUGA